AUGGCGAUCCUUCGAGCAGCAGAGGGUAUUGGUACAGUAGAGCUUCUGCAGGCUUUAUGUUUGUUGACUCUGUGUGAUAUAGCUGCCGGAAAACAAGCUAGAACGGUAAUGAACAUAAGCAUCGCAUCAAGGCUUGCCAAAACACUCAAGUCUGGUCAUCCCGAGACUCCCGACGAAGACAAAUCCAGAUGCUGCUGGAGCAUCUACAUACUGGAACAGGUCUUCACCCCAGGCCCCAACACAUUACAAACCGACACCUACCCACUACUCAGCACACCCGCACCCACCAGUCCAUCAAAACCACCCCUCCCAGCAGACUUCCAAAUACCACCAUUCAAACAAACACUAGGCGGUAGCGCCAACGAUCAAGGAAUUAUAGGCUAUUGUAUCCAACUAAUCUCUAUCUGGGGCGAAGCAACCACUUACAUGCGCCAAAUCCACACCGGCCAAAUCGAAGACGCCUGGCUUUCCACAUCCACAUACCACCGGCUAAUCGCCGAGUUCUACAAAUUCGAAGCAAGCAUGGCACAAGCUCACCGCUACAAAACAGUUAGGGGGCACCUAAAAUCACCUGCAGAAGUUGCGCAGUACAAAGAAUACUGGACAGCCUGGCUCCUUCUGCAGACCAUGUUUCACACCGUCCAGGCACUCCUUAACCACCCGCUUUUCCACAUCGCGACGUCUAAAAAGCCCGAUUCUACUUUCACUCUCAGGCCGCCGUCUUUCUUGCAGCAUGUUGUUGAUCAGGCGUUGAUGCAUUCUGGGUGGACGGUACGGUUAGUGAGGAUGAUGGAGGAGUUGGGGAUGCGGAUUUGUGAUCCGUUUAUCGGGUAUCAGGUUGUUGUUACGGCGACUGUGCAUUGGAUUUUUGCAUUUGCGAGUGAUGACACUGUCGCUGAGCAGGCUUGUUCGGAUUUUGAGAGGUGUCGCGGGUUUAUUAUGGGAAUGGUGCGGGAAUGGCCACAUUUUGGACAGGCUAUUAACGGACUGAACUACCUCCAAAGCCUCAUCCAACAAAACGACAGAACGACAGGCCACCACGGCAUCCCAUCCUUCAAACUCUCCGUUCUAUGGGACCUGCUAGAUCCCAUGUCUGUAGGCCGGAGCACUGAUAUCCCGUCGCUACAAUCACUCAGCUCCAUAGGAGAGCGCAUUCCCACACAGUAUGUAGCCCAGCUACACGAGCCGUCAGAAAGCCGUGAGGACAAUGGAGACAGAAACAAUGAAAGAGGCUUUGAGGAUGCAAUGGGACAGGGAGCUCCUGGAGCACCGGUGUAUUUCCAUGAUCCGUUGAUGGAUGAGGAGUUGUUAGGGUCUUUUGAUAUUCCUGUUUCGCCGCAGUUGCAUUUCUUGUCUUUUGGGGAUUUAUAG